UUUUAGUUGGCCACUCACAGAAGGCAAUAGGAGUCAUUAAAGUUGACUUGAGUUUUCUUCUUGUCAUUGAAAGACAGAGACUGCUCACCUCCACAGGUUUUCUGCAGAGAUAAAACAGACAAAAGGCAUCUAAUCAUGUCUGAGGCGUAAAAAAAAUCAAAGAUCUCUGCAUCUCGCAGACUGGCUCUCAAGACCAAACUUCUGAAAACUGCCUCUGUGAUGUUGGAGAAAGAGAAGGAGGAUAAGAAGCUGGAGAGAGAAACUACUUUGAGUGAGAGAGUCCCUCCACUUCAGCUGUCUGGUUUGUCCAUGCAGGACCUUCAGACUCUGUGUAGGGAACUGCACCAUAAGAUUGAUGUGGUAGAUGAAGAGCGGUAUGACAUUGAAGCCAAAGUGGCCAAAAAUAACAAGGAGAUUGAAAAUCUGUCUCUGAAAAUCUUUGAGCUGAAGGGUAAGAUGAAGCGACCUGCUCUCAAGAGGGUGAAGAUCUCAGCUGAUGCCAUGCUGGGAGCUCUGCUGGGCUCUAAGGUUAAAGAGUCUGUGGACUUCAAGGCCAACCUCAAGACUGUGAAGAAAGAGGAGGAGAAGAAAGAGGAGGUGACUGACUGGCGUAAGAACGUGGAGGCCAUGUCUGGUAUGGAGGGCAGGAAGAAGCUGUUUGAUGCUGGACAGUAGAUGUGUAUUUAUCAUCAUUUUAAACACAAAACAAUGUUUUACAGACUUGACCUUUGCAAUAUGCAAAAAUAUGCUGAUUAAAAGGAAGGGAAUUGUUUAUAUUUUGCAUAUAGAUGAGUGGCACUCUGUUGUGUUUUUAUGGUAUAAGCACUUUGAUUGUUUUAUGUCAUAAUAAUAAACACUUCUGACUAACACAGAAAACUAA